ACUUCUUUAUUGUCGCUGUGGAGAAGCUUUUAGGAAGUCCUUGAAAAUAUAACACACACAACCAGUUUAUUUAUCAAAACACGGGGCUACAACCAUGGCAAGAAGAUUAAUAUACCCGCUGUACCAGAUCGGGAACCCCCAACUGAGGAUCUUCCGGCCGCCAUUCUCCCUGACUCUGGUCCGACCAGGGAAGGAGCAGCCUCAGGACACAGUGCAGUUCAGAAUCCCCAUGGAAAUGACCAAAUGUGACGUGAGGAACUACCUGGAGAAGAUUUACAACGUUCCAGUGGGAGCUGUCCGCACAAGGAUACAAUACUGUACGAAUAAGAAGAGAAACCACCUCAACCAGAAAGUGAAGAGACCGGAUUAUAAAGUGGCCUACGUUCAGCUGGUGCAGCAGCAGACAUUUGAGUUCCCUGACAUCUUCACCGAGAAGGAUGUGAAGUCAGCCGGGGGCUCGGUGGAGGAGAUGCAGGAGAAAUUCAUGGAGGAUGAGAAACAGAGGCAGAAACCGGACCUUCGCAGGGGAGGGGUCACAGAGUGGUUCGGCCUCUAGAGAGAGAGUUUGUGUGUUCGGAGAUGUGCACUGCUGGUGUGUGGGUUUGUUUGUGAGAGAGUAUUAAUAUUGUGUGUCAUCAUGUACAGAUUUUUAUCUGCAACAAGUGCGUUUGGUGGAAACACCACAGAUGGGAAAAUUUGCAUAUUUUCUUUAUGCAGAUUUUAGAAUAUUUGUAUGAAAAUCUGUCGCCAAUUGGAUGGAAACCUAGCUACUGUCAUUGUAAGAAUGGAACAUGUGACCAAUAGCUGUUCAGACAUAAUAUUAAUUAGUGAAAUACAACGGAAAAUAAUUCAAAUACAGUUUUUCAACAUUUGAGACGUUCUCUAUUGUCAGGUAACACCACUUAUACCAGUGUUGACUGACCCUCGUCCUGGAGAACAUAAUGGGUAUCCAGGAUUUUGCUCUGAACCUGCUCUAAACACACCCGAUUCAACAAGCCACUCUUUUGACGAGAGUAGCUGAAUCCUGCUGAUUAACUGUCUAAUCAGCUGCACCCCCAAAACCCUGCACCCCCAGUAGUUUUCAAACAGGAGGGUCGUCCACCUCUCCCUGACGGAGAAGGCUACUGUGUGGGAAUGUGUUUUCAGUUCACCGCAAUAUGUCUGUGUGAGUGUUUUACUGUGAACUACUGUACAAGGAAAAGCUAAUAAAAAGUAACUUGUCAA